UCCUCCCUCCCUCCUCCUCCUCCCCCGGUCCCGGAGCCCUCGCAGCCGGCGGGAGGAGCGGGGAUGGAGGCGGGCCAGAGAUGGACUUGGGCAGAAGGACCUUGAAACUCUGUGUGCUCAUCCCCUGUUUUCCAUGCAAACCAGGAUUUCCCAUUCCCAACCCUUGGCUGGAUGGAGGAGGAGGCUGCAAGGAAGAGGAAGAUGCCCCGGGACACUGAGGCAGAGCAGGAGCUGAGCAUGGAGAGCAGGGAGGACAAAUCUCCAGGGCAGCAGAACCUCAUGGAAGAGGCCGUUUUGAGUGACUCCCUGGUGCAGGAAUCCGAUAGGGAGGAAAAGCCCCAGAGAUCCCCCAGGAGGAAGGGCUGCAAACCCAGCCCAGGGUGCUCUGCGGAGGGAAGAGCCAGUCUGUGCCAGGAAGGUGGACGGAGCUUCAGCCAGAGCUCGGAGCUGGUGCUCCAUGAGCAGCUCGAUGAUGGGGAGAAGCCCCACAAGUGCCUGGAGUGUGGGAAGGGCUUCAGCUGGAGGUCCCGCCUGCUCCGCCACCAGAUGAUCCACACUGGGGAGAAGCCCUACGAGUGUCCUGAGUGUGGGAAGGGCUUCAGAGACAGCCCCCAGCUCACCAUCCACCAUCGCAUCCACACCGGGGAGCAGCCCUACGAGUGUUGGGAAUGUGGCCAGAACUUCCUCCAGAGCUCCCACCUGACUUCCCACCAGAAGAUCCACUCAGGGGAGAGGCCCUACGAGUGUUCUGAGUGUGGGAAAUCGUUUCCAACCAGCUCCCUUCUCCUCACCCACCAGCGGAUUCACACCGAGGAGAGGCCCUUCCGCUGCCCCAUCUGCAGGAAGGGCUUCAAGCACAACUCCCACCUCACCAGGCACCGGCGCAUCCACACCGGGGAGAGGCCCUACGAGUGCCCGGAGUGUGGGAAGAGGUUCAGGACCAGCUCAGUCUUGAAUCAACACCAGUGGAGGCACCGCUAAGGGAAGCCCUGCAAGUGCCCCAGCUGCAGGAGGAGCUUCAUGCAUUGCUCCAACUCCAUCCUCAAUCAGAGAACCCUCAUUGCAGAGAGCCCUGGUGUCCCACAUUCCCAAUAAUCCAAGUUGGAAAAGCCCUGCUGAUCCACAUUCCCAAUAAUCCAAGUUGGGAAGACGCCUGGCUGGUGGUCUCCACAUCAUCCUGGAUCCCAGUAGGCACCUGACUCAACACUGGGGCAGGAACAUCCAUUGGGUCUCAGCUCCAUAUUGGAAACCCCUUGGGAAGAGCUGAGUUUUUACCUUGUCUUGGUUUGAAAGCCAGGUGUCUGCUAAGGAAGGCAGGAGCCCUCCUUGGAAUGGAAAAUGUAAACCCCCUCCCUCUGAAUUAUUAGAAUCACGAAAUUAAGGGCUCUCAGGCAAAGAUAUGGGAAUAGGAAUAACAGUUAUUUACUGGUGUGUAUAAUAAAGCAAACAAAGAACAACUACA